AUGGUCAUGGUAAGAGAGCUGAAGAAGCAGAAGUGGGCCCGCUUCAAAGGCAAGCCACAUUGGAUUCGCUGCUUCGCACAUGUGCUUAAUUUAAUUGUUCAAGGAAUACUCCGACCAUUCGGAAAUCAGAAGCAAACAAAGGGUUCAAGCAAUCAAGCACAAAUUCCUCCAAAUUACUCUGAUGACUCCAAAUCAGCCAAUGAUUCCCCUGUGGAAAACAUUAUAACCUCCAAAAACAACAUUGAUGACUCCUCCAAUGAAGAUUACCAAUCAAGUGAGGUUGGAAGUGUUGACCAAGAUGAUUGCGAGGACUUGGAAUCACUCGAUAUUGAUGAUAUUGAACAAGUGAGCGAGGAGGAGGAAGGUGAUUGGUAUACGAUUAAAUGUUGUAAGGAGAGUUUGGCUAAAGUAAGCAAGUAUCCUUCAUCUUUGGCAAGCUUGAUUCAAUUGUAG